AUCAGAACUUAUUUCGGAAGUAACCUUUGAAACGAUAAACCGACAGUCUUGUCUUGUUUGCAUAAUUAAAUAAGUUAUCACAGUUGUGUUUAAUAUAUCAUCUGCUUUGUAGAAUAUCCUUUAUCUCUAUAGUGUAAAUUUUAAAAUAUCAUUUAUGGGUCUAUAUAAGUGAAGUGAAGAGUAGAUAAAGAUUUACACUUAGUCGAUCUGUAUAUACCUGUCAAUAUCGGGUUGUUACCUUUACAUAUGCCAUGCUCCAGUGAACUUAGAAGUGUCAAACUUUACAUAUCAAUCUCUUUUUGACAAACAAGGGAAGUACAUGUCUUCACUUCAAACAAGCGUCAUCAGUAAAGGCCGAUAAACAUAUUUACCGUUAGAAAAAAAACGCAAAAGUUAUCAUCGUAUAAAAAAGACGUAACAACAGAGAACUUUCAUUUCUUUGAAAAUAACAGAACGAACUACUUGGUAAAUUUACAGUAAGUUAAUCAUGUGGAACAGAACUUAUUCUUACAGUUUUGAAAGAGGGGAAACAACUCUCUUUCAUGUUGCUGAUUAUGUUGUUUUUGGACUUACUCUUUUAGUUUCUGCCGGAAUCGGACUCUUCUAUGCAAUUAAAGACAGGAAUGUAAAUAGCGAGAAAGAGUUUCUGCUGGCGGGACGUAACUUGUCCGUGUUUCCUGUCUCUUUGUCGUUACUCUCCAGCUUCAUCUCAGCAAUAACACUACUCGGAACACCAGCAGAAAUCUACAAGUAUAACACAAUGUACUGGCUUAUAUCUAUAGGAUUUGUAAUAUCAGCGACGGCCUCAGCUCAGAUCUUUAUUCCAGUAUUCUACAACCUGGGAAUCACCAGCGUGUUCGAGUACAUUCAGAUGAGGUUUGGAAGACUUGUAAGAAUCAUUGCCUGUAUUGUCUACUUAACUUGGAUGUUGUUCUACAUGUCCAUUGUACUUUAUGGUCCAUCAUUAGCUCUCAGUGCAGUUACCGGCAUUAGUUUGUGGGGUUCUGUUGUAGCAGUUGGGGUUGUGUGCACAUUCUAUACAACAUUGGGUGGAAUGAAGGCAGUGGUAUGGACAGACUCUUUUCAAAUGUUGGUAAUGUUUGCUGGUAUGUUCACGUUGCUUAUAGCUGGUUGUUUGAAAUUAGGUGGUUUAGACGUGGCAUGGAACGUAGCAUACGCCAAUGACAGAAUACAAUUUUUGAUCAUGGACUUUGAUCCUACAACCCGGCACACAUUCUGGAACGUGAUAGUUGGUGGUGGUCUGUUUUGGACUGCAGUAUAUGGAAUUAACCAAGCACAGGUUCAACGUGCAUUGUCCUUGCCUUCCGUGGAAAAAGCAAGACUGGCCAUAUGGUUGAAUCUACCAGGUAUGUUUAUUGUGUUGACUUUGGUGUGUUUGGUUGGUGUUACCAUGUAUGCUUACUUCAGUACAUGUGACCCAGUUACCCUAGGAAUAGUGGAGAAAACAGAUCAGCUGAUCCCACAAUUCACAAUGGAGCUUGUUGGACACCUAAAUGGUUUACCAGGACUUGUUAUAUCAUGCGUGUUUAGUGGAAGUUUAAGUACUAUAUCAUCUGGAUAUAAUGCUAUUGCUGCCAUUUUGCUGGAAGAUUUUGUGAAGCCAUGUUUUCCUAGAAUGAAAUCAUCUGUAAUGACUGUGAUCUCUAAAGUAGCCAUUGUUGUCUGCGGUGGAGUUUGCCUUUUGAUUGCUUACGUCGUUUCUCAGUUGGGUGCAUCUAUUUUACAGGCAGCUUAUAUUUUGUUUGGUAUGCUCGGAGGACCUUUACUUGGAUUGUUUACACUUGGAAUGCUAUUUCCAUGGGCGAAUAAAUGGGGAGCAUUGAUAGGUCAUCUGACAGCCCUGGUAAUAACACUUUGGAUAGGUCUAGGAUCGUACUUAAACAAAGUAGUUGUCACACAGCCAUCAUCAAUGACAAUAGAAGGAUGUCAUAUGUUCAAUGCUACAACAACAACGACAAUGCCAACAACUCCUCCAUUAGUUUCCACUGGUUCUGUUAUACUUGACGAAAAAAAUGAUUUUCCACUGUACAAGAUGUCUUACAUAUGGUAUACAGGAUUAGGCAUGAUAUUAAACAUUGUUGUUGGGUUGAUUGUUAGUUUAGUAACAGGUCCGACAAAACCAAGUGAAAUAAAUCCAGGAUUAAUUUGUCCAAUAUUUGACGAAUUACUUCCAUGUCUUCCAAAGAAACUCAGGAAAAAGUUGCAUUUUGGUGUCCGUCACGAAGAUUUUGUAAAAUUUAGUCCAGACGAUCCUGACACAAAAGAUCGCGGCGGAUACGACAACAAGGCUUAUGACUACAAAGAGGCUGAUGAUAUUAAAAAUGAUAAACCUAUAGCUACUGUGUAUAAUGGAAGUCCUAGUUAUGCGAUUGGAAAAGACUAUGAGAAAGAUUUUAGUACACAGUUAUAGAAAUCCACACAAAAUGAUACUCCAUGGUUGUAUAUUCUAAUGAAUUGAUCCGUUGAACUUAUAUGUUUGCCACUAAUUUGCAAUUAAGUGGAAUUUCUUUAUAAGUCAGCUGUAGUAGACCGAGUGUUUGAAUGUGCAAUUUGUCUAUCUGACUUGAUGAUUUGAUCUACAAUGUUUAUUAUUUUUUAUGAAUAUAGUAUAUGUUAGUUUUUAUAGUUUAGCUGUAUAUCGUUAUUGA